AAUGCAUGAAAAUAACAAAAAUGGCUGAAGAACAGGAGGUGAUCCAAAUAGAGCUUCUAUGUAAACAGCUCUAUGAAUCCCAAGACCCGGCGGUGAGAGAUCGGGCGGAGGUGGCCGUUGUUGUUUUCCAGGAGUCACCAGACACACUGAGCAAAUGUCAAGCGUUACUAGAUAGGGCGGAUUCAAGUUACUCUCAGCUGCUGGCAGCCACGACGCUAUCAAAACUCGUUAGCAGUCUGUCCGUGCAGCAAAGGUUGUAUAUACGCAAUUAUGUGCUCAACUACCUCGCGACGAGGCCGAAACUCGCUAAUUUUGUUGUACAGGCGCUUGUCUCGUUAUUUGCAAGGAUCACAAAACUGGGAUGGUUCGACAUGGUCAAAGAGGAGUUUGUUUUUCACAAUGUCAUGAAUGAUGUGUCUAGUUUUCUGCAGGGUCCAGCAGAAAUGUGCACAAUCGGUGUCCAAUUAUUGUCUCAAUUGGUAAUUGAAAUGAAUCAAGUAUCAGAAGCAGAUGCGAGCAGGUCAAUAGCUAAAAACAGGAAGAUCGCUUCGUCUUUUAGGGAUACACAGUUGUUCGAGAUGUUCCGUCUGUCCUGUUCGCUACUGGGUGCUGCACGGGGCGAGGCCCUGGAGCAGCCUGCACUACUGGCGGCGCUACUACGCCUCGCUCUCAACUGCCUCACCUUCGACUUCAUCGGCACCACCAACGACGAGUCCUCUGACGACCUGUGCACGGUCCAGAUCCCCACGUCAUGGCGGCCCACGUUUCUGGAGGCGGGCACCCUGGAGCUGUUCUUCUCGCUGUACCACGCGGGGGGAGCCGGGGGCUCCGGGGCGCCGGCCCUGGCGCUGGCCUGCCUGGUGCAGCUGGCGUCCGUGCGGCGCAGCCUCUUCAGCAACAGCGAGCGCGCCAAGUUCCUCAACCGCCUCGCGGCCGGAGUCAUGCGUAUCUUGGAGGACACACAGGGUCUACAAGAUGCGACGAACUACCACGAGUUCUGUCGACUGCUGGCGCGUUUGAAGUCAAACUACCAGCUGGGCGAGUUGGUGAUGGUGGAGAACUACCCUCGGCUCAUCGAGCUGGUGGCCAAGUUCACCGUGCAGAGCUUACAGAUGUGGCAGUUCGCGCCCAACUCUAUCCACUACCUAUUGUCAUUAUGGCAAAGAAUGGUGGCGUCCGUGCCAUACGUGAAGGCGUCGGAGCCACAUCUGCUAGACGCGUAUGCGCCCGGUGUGACCGCUGCAUACGUUGCCUCGAGAUUGGACUCCGUCGCUAUAUUAGUCAGGGAAGGCCUGGAGGACCCGCUGGACGAAGUGGGCACGGUCCAGCAGCAGCUCGAGCAGGUGUCGGUGAUCGGCCGCUGCGAGUACGCGGAGACCUGCCGGCUGCUGGUGACGCACUUCGACCGCGCCGCCGCCGCCUACAGCGUGGAGAGCGAGCCGCAGCAGACGCUGGUGCUGCAGGGGCAGCUGACGUGGCUGGUGUACAUCAUCGGCGCGGCGAUCGGCGGCCGCGCGUCGGUCAACACGAGCGACGACAGCGACGCCAUGGACGGCGAGCUGGUGUGCCGCGUGCUGCGCCUCAUGGACCUCACCGACUCGCGCCUGGCCUCGGGUGGUUGCGAAAAGUUGGAGCUGGCAAUGAUGUCGUUCUUCGAAGCGUUCAGAAAGAUAUAUGUCGGUGAGCAGGUCCAGAAGAACAGUAAAGUGUAUGGGAGGCUCAGUGAGGUGCUCGGCCUGAAUGAUGAGAGCCAGCUGUUGAGCGUCAUUAUGAGGAAAAUUAUAACAAAUCUGAAAUACUGGGGCGGAUCUGAACCUAUAAUAUCGAAGACGCUGACUCUCCUGAGUGACCUCAGCGGAGGCUACUCCUGCGUGAGGAAGCUGGUCAAGCUCGAAGAAGUGCAAUUUAUGUUGACGCAUCACACUGCGGAACACUUCCCAUUUCUGGGCGUGGGCGCUGGGAAUGCAGAGAUGCGUUGCCGAAGCAGACUGUACACCGCGCUGGGCAGACUGCUCAUGGUGGAGCUGGGCGAGGACGAGGACCGCUUCCACGCCUUUAUGAUGCCGCUCACAGCGGCCUUCGAGAGUAUAAUCGGUCUGCUGGGCCCGGGGGACAGCGCUCUGUUCGCGUCCGAGGACGCCAAGAAGACUUACAUCGGUUUGGCGCGGGACCUGCGCGGGCUGGCCUUCGCCUUCAACACCAAGACCACCUACAUGAUGCUGUUCGACUGGAUGCUAUAUUCCGACCUCUCGUCUCUGUCCAGCUACCCCGUGUACCUGAAGGUGAUAGUGCGCGGCAUCGAGCUCUGGUUCUCGGAGCCCGCCCUCACAACCCCAGCCCUGAAGCUGGCCGGCGAGCUGGCCCAGAACCGCAACCAGAGGCUCCAGUUCGAUGUCAGCUCGCCCAACGGCAUCCUGCUGUUCCGGGAGCUCUCGGGCAUUAUUUGUGCUUAUGGUAGCAGAAUAUUGACGAUAGACGUAAACAAGAAGCAGAUGUACACUCGGAAGCUGAAGGGGAUCUCGCUCUGCUUCACGAUACUGAAGGCCGCUCUGUGCGGGAACUACGCUAACUUUGGAGUUUUCAGAUUGUACGGUGACGAGGCGCUGGACAACGCGUUGAAUAUGUUCGUUAAGUUACUGUUAAGUAUACCGCAGAGGGAUUUACUGGACUACCCCAAGCUGUCUCAGACGUACUACGUGCUAUUGGAGAGGCUGGCUCAGGACCACAUGAACUUCCUCGCGUCUCUACAGCCAGACGCCACGCUCUAUAUCCUGUCCUCCAUAUCUGAGGGACUCACGGCGCUCGCGAGUAAUAAAGUGCAGAACCCUCGCCAGCCGCCUCCGGAGACCAGCAACAUGUUCAUAGAGGUAUUGCAGCGGAGGCCUGAAAUCAUGCAACAACUGUUGGCCACCGUGCUGAACGUGGUGAUGUUCGAGGAGCGCUGCAACCAGUGGUCGAUGUCGCGGCCUCUGCUGGGGCUCAUCCUGCUCAACGAGGAACAGUUCUCCCGCCUCCGAGCCGAGCUGAUAGCGCAGCAGCCGCGCGACAAGCAGGCGCAGCUGGCGCACUGGUUCCACGGCCUCAUGCAGGGCAUCGAGCCCAACCUGCUCACGAAGAACCGCGACCGCUUCACUCAGAACCUGUCGAUGUUCCGCCGCGACAUCAACGACCUACUGAAGGGCAGCUCGGUGACGUCAUCGUCCGUCAACGACAUGAUGACGUCAUAACCAAAGAGGACCCCCGGCUGACGAGGCCGCUUCCCAGCACAACAUUGUGAUUCUACCGCCGGAAUGUGGUAUUUGAUAUUUGUGUUACCAGUUGACCUGAACGACGUUGUCUUGAGACUCGAACGUGGUUUUGUGUUUUCUGGAAUUAUUCCGGUCAAUUUUUCUUAAGUUUUACUUAAUAAGAAUGUUAUACAGUGUAAGAAAACUGGCUAGAAUCGGUCCAGCUGUUAUUGAAUUUUACGCUCCAAAUUUCCAAAAUAAUUAAAUAAUCAUAUUUUA